UCCAGUUAAUAUGGAUCUCAAAUCCUUUGCUAAUUGGGUCGCCUUUAAUUUAGAAAAGAAUGCCACAUCGUGGGUAUCGUUUAAUCUCGCCACUCUGUAUUACCGGAUCAUCGGAAAUGCAGCUCAAGCGCUUGAAUGUUGUCGAAGAGCGCUCCAGUUUAGCCCGAGGGAGGUGCAAACCAUUGCUUUGGUCAAUAUGGGUAACAUUUUGACGCACAGUCAUCAACAAGAAGACGGAAUUAUCGUGCUUCAUGCUGCGGUCGAUCACACUCCCAGUGAUCCAAUAGCACACUAUACUCUAGCCAAUAGUUAUGCCCUGAUCGGUGAUUUAAAUAGGUCCGUUCUUUGCUACGAAAAUGUUUUGAAACUGAAACCAGAUCUCAAAAUGGCUGUCCGAAAAAUGCACGGGAUUCAAUGUUUGUCCAAAUUGGAAAAGGCCCUAGAAACUCAACAUAGUGUUUUACAGCACACAUUAACGGAACUGAAGGAACAACAACGCAAGUUUGAAGAGUGGAAUCAUCCGCAGGAAAAGAUAGUCAGUGCCCAGGCCACAGUUGGGCAGCGACUUCGCAGCCAAUAAGAAUAUCAAGAAUUUCGUUUCCUCACCACUAAAUCCCCUCCACCCGUGCACGAUUGCGAGCAAUAGAGAAGCCAACAUAGCCGUGAAGAGACCAGGAGUCUAUAGCUCUGACCUAGUUUCAGCAAAAUGGUUUCUGACUUUCUGAAC